AUGCGUUCAGUAUCUGCCCUCCUGGCUUUGGCGGUUGCAGGCUCGUUUGAACUCGCGGCUGCAAGCAAAUGCAAGCCUUCUUCGUCUCUUCAGAUAGAUACGACAGCACAAUCUACUUCCAUCACCAGUGGAACAGCAACAAAGUCGACACCUGCCUCUCAAACCACUGAAGGACCCAUUGUCAUCACUAAUGCUGUGACCAAUGGUGACUUUGGAGGUUAUGACCCUUCCGCUGAUGGCGGUAUCUAUGCCUUCCAGGCUGGUGGCGAUGCCAAACUUCUCCAAGGCCCCGGUCAUCCAGGCCCAAGUGAAGAGAGGAACUGCGUACAGCUCAAAACGAGUCCCACUCGCAAGCGACAAACACCUCCCGAAAACCCAUGGAUUCAGCAGCAGCUUGAACAGCUAGAGCCAAGCGACUAUACCGUUCGCUUCUGGUACUCCGUCGUUAAGAACGAUUUGGCUGAUACAUGUCGUAUCGAGGGUUACUAUGCUGGCCAGCAGUUUGGUGCAACUCCAUACUUUCCUGUCGUUACCGGUAAUGGUGAUAAAUGGCUGGAGUUUGUUGACAACAUGGCUGUUACAACUGACAGUGGGAUGAUUCGAUUUGAACUUGUUUGUAUAGAUGGGGGCUCUGCGGAAGCUUAUUUUGACCAGGUUUUUGUGUCUAACAAGAUCGGUGAUGAGUGGGUUGAUGGCAUCUCACUGUUCUUUCCUACCUCUAAGCAUGCGGCUACUGUUGGUCCAGCUCAGACUAGCACAGCUCUUCCUGUUGACACUGCUGUUACGAGCAGCAUCGACGUCGAGACAUCGGAUAUUCCUACAGCCGAGCCUUCGGAAGCACCCACUACCACGUAUGAAGCUUCAGUAACCGACAAGACAACGGACACGGCCUCCAAAACUGCAGCAUCAUCUGCUCCUACCAGUACAGGCGAUGGAGUGACUCCAUCCGGUCCCAAAGUCUGCGCAAAACUUGGCGCUGGCGCUGCUGGUCGGGGCUGCGCCAAGAGACCAUACAGCAGCAAGCAAGGCUACAAGCGAUUCGGCGGAAGCAAGAUUACCAAGGAGCAAUGCGCCGCUCUCUGUCUAUCAGACACAAAGUGUCUGAGUUUUGAGUGGCUCUACUAUGGUAGCGGCUGCGCAAACACAUGCAAUCUUUUUGCCACGGAACUGGCCGACAUACCUACCAACGGAGGUUCCGACUCCGCCUGGGCCUAUGACCGAACCUGCAUUCAAGAAGACGAGUGCUCUGAACAACCUUCUGGAACCGUAUGCGUUAACGUCAACGCUGAUACUCCUGCCAAGUCCUGUACUCAGAUGCAGGGUGUAGCCAAGGCGUGUGCUAAACCCUUCCUCACAGCUCCUACCAGGGGAUUUUGUGGUCUUACUAAUGAGUGUCGCGAUCUCUGCGCCAAGUACCCUUCGUGCAAGUCUUAUUCGGCUUCAUAUGGAAGCUGUAGUUUGUAUGAUGCUAGGUCUUCCGAGGUUGCGGAACCUUCGAAUGCGUAUAGCUUCUUUUUCGACAUGGACUGUCAUGCUUGUGGAGCGGGAAAUGCUUAUUUUGAUUAUAUCACGCGUGGUCAAGAUCUGGAUAACAUGCCCAAGUGGACAUGCCCUGCCGAAGAGAAGAAGACGACUUCGACUCUGGCUGUCUUGACAACUGCCGAGUCGUCUGCUGUAACUACUUCGGGCGCGGAGGCAACCACUAGUGUAGGCCCAACAAACGACAACACAGUGACCACAUCUGCGCCAAGCUCUACUGUCGCAUCUCCUUCUGCUACAACUUCAAUCUGCCCCAACGGCGUCCCAUCCCCCGGGCUCUGCUCUAGUGCAAACCCAGUACCAUCAAAGGCACUCUGUGGAAAGCGUGGCUGGCCUCAAUUCAUCGACGCUUACGGCUAUGGCCUUGACGACAGACCCAACCAGCGCUCUGUCGAAGACUGUGCUCUCAUCUGCAAGACCGAUCAUGGGUGUCUGGCCUUUGGUUUCGACGAUAGUCAGCCUAGACUCAAGUGUCUGCUCAGUCCAUCUGAUUUGGAGGAUGCUUCCGUCGAUGAGAACUCUGGUAGUAAUGCUGUAUGGUACGAUAUGAAGUGUAUGGACUGCAAGGUAUGCGGCGAGGAAGAAACUGAUCCUACGCCUUCACCACCUGAGCUGGGCUGCCAAGUUCUCAGCAACAACGCUGGCUGCAGAUACAAGGAGAAUGGCGAAUGGCCUAUCGGUAAUAAUGGAAGAGGAGUGACUGGCUACACCUGUCACAGUAACGGAAAAAUCACCCUCGGAGAACCCUUUUCAGCAGAUACUGCGACCUGGCCGCGGCAGGGGUCUGAAAUCCAGUGCACGGAGACAUGCUUACAGCUCGAGAACUGCAAGUCUUCGGCGUUCAACAGAGAUACACUCCGCUGUGAGUUCUUCAGCACAUCUCUUCAAGAUGCUGGGUAUAGAUUCCGCGAUGGUAGUAAUGUGUGGUAUAACGACAACGCAUGCUUUGACUGCUCAGGACUGUGCAAGGAGCCUCAUCGGGAGGAACAUACUGGGACUGAGAGCGUUCCUUUCUUCCCUCCGCCUACCGAGGCUCCAACGACUAUGAGGACCUCUACCCGCCCUGCUGGUGAAGAACCUCCAACCAAAACUACGUCCGCUGUCAACGAGGUCACUACAUCAAACGCCCCACAAACCGAGCCCACAACCUGCGCCGUGCCCUUGGCUUCUCUCAGCGAUAGCGUUACGUGCGGUCUUCCAGGUGUCAGCAACGCAGCACAAUCCAAACAGAUCGACGGCUUCUUGAUCAAGGUUACAGGAACACUAGAGAAAUGCGCUCUUGAGUGUUUGAAGAUUGCUGAAUGCAAGGGCUUCGUUUUCCAGAAAGACACCACCAAGUGCAAUGUUUUUACAGCCGGAACUGCUGAGUUGGAGUUGAUUUAUCAUCCCCCAUCGGCUGAUCGAUUUUAUGAUAGGGAUUGCUUCAAGUGUGGAUCUUGA